AUGGCAUUGGCAAAUGAGCGUGUGAACUUCGCAUACAUCGCCAAGCUUGCAGAGCAAGCCGAACGCUAUGAUGAAAUGGUCGAUGCCAUGAAGAAGGUAGCAAAGCUUAAUGUUGAAUUGACAGUUGAGGAACGGAAUUUGCUGUCAGUUGGGCAAAAGGUUGAAACAGAGUUAUCUAAUAUUUGUACCGACGUCAUGGCUGUAAUUGAUGAGCAUUUGAUUCCUUCCUCAUCUGGCAGUGAAUCCACUGUGUUUUUCUACAAAAUGAAGGGGGAUUACUACCGGUAUUUGGCAGAAUUUAAGAGUGGCAGUGACAGAAAGGAGGCUGCUGAAGAAUCUUUGAAAGCAUAUCAGGCUGCCACUAUGUCAGCUGAGUCUGAUUUACUACCUGCACAUCCCAUCUGUUUGGGUUUGGCGUUGAACUUCUCUGUUUUCUAUUAUGAAAUCAUGAACUCUCCAGAAAGGGCUUGCCGCCUUGCUAAGCAAGCAUUUGAUGAAGCUAUCUCUGAGUUGGAUACACUGAGUGAAGAAUCUUAG